UUUAGCGAGGAGUUGCCCAGGAGUCAGCCCGGCUGGUUGCCGCCCAGGGGUGGUCCUUGCGCGGCGGAAGGCGCGGCCCGGGCGCCCGCCCGAUGGGGCGGGAGGGGCGGGUCGCUGCUGCGUCCCCGCCCCGCGCUCGGGCCGGGCCGGGAGGGUCCCGGGGCGUGCGGCCGGGCUAGAGGGUGAGGUUCUCCGGGCCAACGAAGCGCCAUGCGCAGCCCCCCUGCCAGCGCGCUGCUGCUGAUUGCGCGCCGGGGCCCUGCCGUGAGUGCGUGGGCCCCGGCCGUCUCUUCUAAGACAUGGCUGGCUUCUGAGUGGAACCCGCUCGUACGCGCGUGGACGUCUCUAAUCCAUGAGCCGACCCCGGGCCUCCGCUUUCCCGCGCCCCUAUCCGGGCUGCCUGGCGGCGUGGGGCGGUGGGCCACGACCUCCGGGACCCGCAGCUGCUGGAUACUGGCAAGACCCCGCGGCGCACAUCCCUUGUUCGCCAGGUUCCAGGGAAUCCGGGCAGCAGCCACCGGUGUGCGAGACCUUGGGAACGACUCCCAGCGGCGGCCCGCGGCGACCCCGCGCUCAGAAGUGUGGAAGCUCCUGGGUCUGGUGCACCCUGAGCGCGGAAGGCUGUCAGCUGCUGUUGGGUUUCUUGCUGUGUCCAGUGUCAUCACCAUGUCUGCCCCUUUCUUCCUGGGGAAGAUCAUUGAUGUUAUUUACACCAACCCAAGUACGGACUAUGGCGACAGCCUGACUCGCCUCUGUGCUGGACUCACUUGUGUGUUCCUAUGUGGUGCUGCUGCGAACGCCAUUCGUGUCUACCUCAUGCAAUCUUCAGGUCAGAGCAUUGUGAACAGGCUGCGCACCUCACUGUUCUCCUCUAUCCUAAGGCAAGAGGUUGCUUUCUUUGAUAAGACCCGCACAGGAGAGUUGAUUAACCGCCUGUCCUCAGAUACUGCACUCCUGGGGCGCUCAGUGACUGAAAACCUCUCUGAUGGACUGAGGGCUGGGGCCCAGGCCUCGGUUGGUGUUGGCAUGAUGUUUUUUGUGUCACCCAGUCUGGCCACCUUUGUUCUGAGUGUGGUACCUCCAAUCUCUAUCCUUGCCGUGAUUUAUGGGCGAUAUCUUCGGAAACUGUCCAAAGCCACACAGGACUCUUUGGCACAAGCCACACAGCUAGCUGAGGAGCGUAUUGGAAACAUAAGAACCAUCCGAGCUUUUGGGAAGGAGACGAUGGAACUGGAGAAAUACACCAGCCAAGUGGACCAGUUGCUGCAGUUGGCACGGAAGGAGGCCUUUGCACGAGCUGGCUUCUUCGGGGCAGCUGGGCUCUCGGGCAACCUGAUUGUGCUGUCUGUCCUGUACAAGGGGGGCCUGCUGAUGGGCAGCGCCCACAUGACAGUGGGCGAGCUCUCCUCCUUCCUCAUGUACGCUUUCUGGGUUGGAUUGAGCAUCGGAGGUCUAAGUUCAUUCUACUCCGAGCUGAUGAAAGGCCUGGGUGCUGGUGGGCGGCUCUGGGAGCUGCUGGAGAGACAGCCACAACUGCCUUUUAAAGAGGGGACUGUGUUAGAUGAGAAGAGCUUUCAGGGUGCUCUGGAAUUCAGAAAUGUGCACUUCACGUACCCUGCUCGGCCAGAAGUGUCCGUGUUCCAGGAUUUCAGUCUUUCCAUUCCAUCUGGAUCUGUCACAGCACUGGUUGGCCCUAGUGGUUCUGGAAAAUCAACAGUUGUCUCACUCCUGCUGCGAUUGUAUGACCCUGUUUCUGGAACAGUCAGUCUUGAUGGCCACGACAUUCGUCAGCUAAACCCCAUCUGGCUGAGAUCCAAGAUUGGGACAGUCAGUCAGGAGCCAGUCCUGUUUUCCUGCUCUAUCGCAGAAAACAUUGCCUAUGGUGCUGACAACCCAUCCUCAGUCACAGCCCAGCAGGUGGAGAGGGCAGCAGAAGUGGCCAAUGCUGCGGAAUUCAUUCGUGGCUUCCCACAGGGCUUCGGCACUGUGGUCGGGGAGAAGGGCAUCCUCCUGUCAGGUGGGCAGAAACAAAGGAUCGCAAUAGCCAGGGCCCUGCUGAAGAACCCCAAAAUUCUUCUUCUUGAUGAAGCAACCAGUGCACUUGAUGCUGAAAAUGAGCAUCUGGUACAGGAGGCACUUGACCGGCUGAUGGAAGGAAGAACAGUACUGAUCAUAGCUCACCGCCUGUCCACCAUUAAGAAUGCCAAUUUUGUUGCUGUCCUUGACCAAGGAAAAAUCAGUGAGCAUGGAACACAUGAGGAGCUGCUUUUGAAGCCCAAUGGGCUUUACAGAAAACUAAUGAACAAACAGAGUUUUAUGUCAGUAUAAUGUCAGUUCCUAGAGCUGUCAUAGUAUACAGCCUGUAAUUCCAGCUAUUGGGAAACUGGAGCAGGAGGAUUGUAAAGACUUCAUCAUGUACAUAGCAAGACCCUGUCUGAAAGCAAACAAAAACAAAGCAGAAGUUACCAAUAGGUUGUCUGAGAGACUUUAAAACCAAACAGCAUUGAAGAAAACAGCUUAGAGAUUGUAUGAAUCCUGUGGAUCAUAACUCCAGUUAUUUGAGACAUGCCUAUUUUCACAAAGAAUGUAAAAUACUGUUUUAAGAUGUACCUGUUCUCAGAUCUUCUUACUCAGUUUUAAAAUUGUAACUUUCUAAAUGUCUGAAUCACUGAAGUUACUGCAGGUUUUGGAAUGUUUGUUAGUACAGCACCUCAUUUCCUUUGCCUGCUGCCAGAGUCCAGCUGUUGUCGGGUGAUGGCUUUAAAGAGGGAGUUAUAAACUAAAGGCCUGACUGCUUUAAGCCAGGUUGCUAAUCACUGGGGUACCUUCCUGGGGCCACUGAGGGAAAGCUUGCCUUGUCUGUCCCCCACAUCUCAGGGGGUCAGAGCUCUGGAACACCAUAGGCUGCAACUGUCAAAAAGUGCAGUGUCCAGCACUAGGGCGUAUGAGAGCCUGGUGCUUUUUGCCAAAGGAAGAAAUCCCAUUCUGUAAACAGGAAAGCUUCUAUUUUUUUAUUCACUUCCUUGUUUUAUGACUCCUCUUGAAAAGCAAGGUACAAAUGACCAGGUAUUAGCAACAAAAGUGAAUGAAAAUCAAUUUUACAUUUGUUGAAGCAUGUAUUUUGAAAAAAAAACUUUAAUAUGUAAUUCUCAUAUAUAUUAAUUAUAGUUUUAUAUUUUAAAUUUUCACUAAUAAGGUUGAAUAUGAAUAAUAUUAUAUUCAGCCUUGAAUGUGGUGGCUCUUUGGUGUCAGUAGCAGAAGCACAAUGACAAAAGGGACGUCAUAUUUUGGAAAUCGUCCUAAUAAGAUACAUAUUGGGGCUGGAGAGAUGGCUUAGGGGUUAAGAGCAGUGACUGCUCUUCCAGAGGUCCUGAGUUCAAUUCCCAGCAACCACAUGGUGGCUCACAACCAUCUGCAAUGCGUUCUGGUGCCCUCUUCUGGCCUGCAUACACAUAAUACACAUAAUAAAAAUAAAUUAAAAAAAAAAAAAAAGAUACAUAUUGUCCUGCUGCUGUGGCAAAAGUGGCAACCCUGCCAAGCUCAAGAGAAAGUAUAACUUGAGUGCCAAAGCUAACAGAUGGACUGGGCAGACGAGGCACCUAAAAUUGUUUACCAUAUAUUCAGACAUGGAUUCUGUGAAGGAACAAUCUAAGGUCAAGAGGUAGCUGUUGCAGCAUCCAGUUCAUCUUGAAGAUCCAACAAUCAGCCACGCCAAACUGUUCUUGUUUAAAAAGAAAAAAAAGCACUGUGGCUCACACCCCUAACCCUGGCAACUGGGAUUACACAGUGAGUUUAAAACCAACCAGGGCAUGAAACCUUAUUUCAAAGACAUUUGAAGAGUUCGAAAGUUCUACUUUGUGGAGUACAUGGAAUGUUAACAUGGCACUGCUCUAUAAAGGAGAUGAGUAGCCUUUUCUCCUGUGCUUGUAGUUUUAGUCACCUACAGUGUCUCCGUUCUUAAAGAUUUGCCUUUUUUUUUUUUUUUUUUUUAAUCAAUGCUUUUGGUUGGAUGUUGCCUCAAGAAAAAGUGCUGCUGCUGCUGCUGCUGCUGCUGCUGCUGCUUCUUCUUCUUCUCCCUCCUCCCCCUUCUCCCCUCCCCUUCCUCCUCCUUUUUUUUUUUUUCUGGUGAUGUAGACCCUGUAACAUAGCUACACUGAUAGUUAAAAUGGACACACCUGCCAUGUCCGUCCGUUUGCCUCUGGCCAUACUGGAAGAAACCUCAUCAUGAGAAGCACAUAUCAAUUUAUGUUACACUUGGGGAUUUGAUGAGUAAGAUAGGCUCCCUGAAUGAGUGUAGUGGUCUUUGAGUUAGUAAACAGCACAUCUGUGACAAUCAUCUUCCAUUGUCCACAUGUUUGUUCAACUUGAGUGUGGUUCUCAGAAGACAAAACAGUUGCAAAUCAGGUUGGUGGGAAACCCCUUUGCUCCAUGAAUGUAUUUAAAUUGAAUUGGGUCAUCACAUUUUUUUUCUUAAUAAUAUUUGUCUUUAACAUUUUAUAUCUUAUUAAAAUUUAUAGUGAAUUUAA